GUUGGAGAGAAUGCUCUCGCUUGGUUUGAAUACUUUCCUGUACUCUCUUCGGUGUAUCCGCCGCAAUGGUCGUCCUGAAAGGAAUCCCCUCUAUCCUGUCACCUGAACUGCUGUAUACUCUCGCUAAAAUGGGUCAUGGGGAUGAACUGGUUCUUGCUGAUGCAAACUUUCCAGCAUCCUCCAUUUGUGCUUGUGGUCCAAAGGAGAUUAGAGCUGACGGUUUGGGAAUCCCUCAGCUUUUACAGGCCAUUUUAAGGCUGUUGCCCCUGGAUACCUAUGUCCGCUCUGCGGCUGCAGUCAUGGAUCUGGUGGACAGUGACAAAGAGAGGGGUUUUACUGCCCCUAUUGUGUGGGACACUUACAUUGACCUUAUUAGGGAUGCUGAGCCUCUGACAUCUCUUGAAAAGAUAGAAAGGUUUGCUUUCUAUGAACGAGCCAAGAAAGCCUACGCUGUUGUGGCAACAGGGGAAACAGCUCUGUACGGGAACCUGAUACUGAAGAAGGGGGUGAUUCCUGCAGAGCGGCUGGAGUGAUGCACAGACACUGAGACGCUACACGUUUAAAGUAAUGAUGUUGCAAUAUUCAUUUCAAUCACAGCUUUAAUUCCUUCUUGUGAAAAUCAGCGACAGGUGAUUUUUAGGCGAAAUAUUUUUUUUUAUCUUUGUACAUUUUUCAGGUGAAGCUCUGAAUUAAAAACAUUUGUUGUUGUAAGUAAUACUGUAAAUAUUUACGAUCAUUUAGAAUUUACAGGUUACAUGAAGCAGAAAUUUGUUGUCAGUUUUAUUAACAUCCUCUGCAUUGUACAUACAUUUAAAUAAAUAAAACAAAUGAAGUCUU